AAAACAAUUCAAAAACUUUUCAAAAUGGCAUUAUUAUCCUAAAAACCAUCUUGCACGAUGGGAUAAAUAAAAGAGAAUGUUGGCCGUUGGAUCGAAAGUGUGAUAAACACCUUGUUUAAUAAAACCAGGCCUUCACGGCGGUGUAACUCUAUUUGUCUUCUCAGACUCCGAUCCCUCUUUACCUCCAUUUUAACUUAACCCUACCGGGAAACAAAAGCAAAAAGAAAUCAGUUCCGCCAUACAGAUAUUUGCAAAAUAACAGGUUCAUGUGAUGGAUUUGUCUGAUGCAGUCAUAGUAAAUUCGAGCAGAUUGAAAUCUAUUGUGUGGAAUGACUUUGAUAGGGUUAAAAAGGGUGAUACAUUUGUGGCUAUUUGUAGGCAUUGUAAAAAGAAGCUUAGUGGAUCAAGUACUAGUGGAACUUCACAUCUGAGGAACCAUUUAAUUAGGUGUCAGAGAAGAUCUAAUCAUGGCAUAUCUCAAUACUUUUCUGCUAGAGAAAAGAAAAUGGAGGGAUCUCUUGCCCUUGUAACUAUCGAUCAGGAGCAGAAGAAGGAUGAAGUGCUUAGUCUAGUGAAUCCUAGAUAUGAGCAGGAACAGAUUAAAAACGAGCCUGUUAGCAUUGGUAGUAAUAGCUUGGAUCAAAGGCGGAGCCAAUUUGAUCUUGCUCGUAUGAUCAUAUUGCAUAACUAUCCACUGGCUAUGGUGGAGCAUGUUGGAUUCAAGAUAUUUGUCAGGAAUCUACAGCCAUUGUUUGAGCUUGUCACAUAUAAUAAAGUUGAAGCUGAUUGUGUGGAAAUCUAUGCAAAGCAGAAGCAAAAGGUGUAUGAAAUUUUGGAUAAGAUGCCUGGAAAAAUCAGUGUAACUGCUGAUGUGUGGACUGCUUCAGAUGAUGCUGCAUGCUUGAGUUUGACAGCAUACUUCAUUGAUGAGGAUUGGCAAUUAAAAAAGAGGAUUUUAAAUUUUUUUACCAUCGAUCCUUCUCAUACAGAAGACAUGCAUUCUGAAGUUAUAAUGACUUGUCUGAUGGAUUGGGAUAUAGAUCGUAAGUUGUUUUGUAUGAUAUUUGAUAGUUUUACCAGUGAAAACAUUGUUGAUAGAAUCAGAGAUCGGCUGUCGCAAAAUAGGUUCCUUUAUUGUAAUGGUCAAUUAUUUGAUGUUCGCUGUGCCGUAGAUCUUCUCAACCGCAUGGCUCAGGAUGCCUUGGAAGCUCUCUGUGAAGUUACCCAGAAAAUUCGGGAAUGCAUUCGUUAUGUUAAAAGUUCAGAAGCAACAAACUCCAUGUUCACUGAGCUGGGUAAUGAAGUUCAGGUUGAAAGUAAAAAAUGCUUAUGUAUUGAUAAUCCAUUGAAAUGGAACUCAACAUAUUUUAUGCUUGAAGUUGCCUUAGAAUACAGGAAAGUUUUCUCCUGUCUGCAGGAUCGUGACCUUGUCAACAUGAAGUUCUGCCUAUCUGAUUUGGAAUGGAAUAGAAUGAGUGUCAUUACUAGCUUCUUGAAGCUAUUUGUUGAAGUUACUAAUGUUUUUACAAGAAGUGAGUAUCCAGCUGCAAAUAUAUUUUUUCCUGAGAUAUGUGAUAUUCACUUGCAGUUGAUUGACUGGUGCAAGAAUCCUGAUGAUUAUAUCAGUUCUCUGGCUGUAAAGAUGAGAAAGAAGUUUGAAGACUACUGGGAUAAGUGCAGUUUGGGUUUAGCAAUUGCAGCUAUGUUGGAUCCUCGAUUCAAAAUGAAGCUCUUGGAGUAUUACUACCCGCAAUUAUAUGGCGAUAGUGCUUUGGAGCUUAUUGAUGAUGUUUUCGAGUGUAUUAAAUCGCUUUACAAUGAACAUUCUAUCGUCUCUCCAUUAGCAUCGUCCCUUGAUCAGGGACUGGAUUGGCAAAUGAGCGGUAUUUCUGGUUCCGGAAAAGAUUCUAGGGAUAGGCUGAUGGGGUUUGACAAGUUCCUUCAUGAAACUUCUCAGAGUGAAAGCUCAAAUUCAGAUUUAGACAGGUACCUGGAGGAACCUCUAUUUCCUCGUAAUGUUGAUUUCAACAUAUUAAAUUGGUGGAAGGUUCACACUCCACGGUAUCCUAUCUUAUCGAUGAUGGCACGCAAUAUUCUAGGAAUACCCGUAUCAAAAGUUUCUGCAGAAUCAGCAUUUGACACCGGAGGAAGAGUGCUUGAUCAUAAUUGGAGGUCAUUGCCUCCGACUACCAUUCAAGCCUUGAUAUGUUCACAAGAUUGGAUACGGAGUGAACUUGAGAGUUAGUUUUCCCUGCCCCCAUUGCACCCACCACCAUUUUUUUUUGUUUAAAAAAUUUUUGUUUGGAUGGAAGAGAGGAUGGAGGUGGGUGCAUAGGAGGUUAGGAUCAUUUUCUCUACCUGCUAUUUGUCGAUAACUUUCUUUCUUUCUUUCUUUCUGUGUCAUUUUAAGAAUUUUAUGGGUUUACACAAUCACACCAUAGUUAUUAAAGUUGGAUCGGAUAAUGAAUUUUUUAAUGUGUCGGCUCACUUGUUCAAUCAUUGAGCAAUUGGGUCAAGUGUUAAACUG